GGUCUGCCCAGCAUGUGGUGUCAGCUGCACUGGUUUAAAUCUUAAAGAAUCUUCAUAGAACCAGAAGGAGCAAAGAGAACCAGAAGGAGUAAAGAGAACCAGAAGGAGUAAAGAGAAUAAAGAGAACCAAAGAGAAUAAAGAGAACCAGAAGGAGCAAAGAGAAUAAAGAGAACCAGAAGGAGCAAAGAGAAUAAAGAGAACCAGAAGGAGCAAAGAGAAUAAAGAGAACCAGAAGGAGCAAAGAGAACCAGAAGGAGCAAAGAGAAUAAAGAGAACCAGAAGGAGCAAAGAGAACCAGAAGGAGCAAAGAGAACCAGAAGGAGCAAAGAGAAUAAAGAGAACCAGAAGGAGCAAAGAGAAUAAAGAGAACCAGAAGGAGUAAAGAGAACCAGAAGGAGCAAAGAGAAUAAAGAGAACCAGAAGGAGCAAAGAGAAUAAAGAGAACCAGAACCAGUAAAGAGAAUAAAGAGAACCAGAAGGAGUAAAGAGAACCAGAAGGAGCAAAGAGAACCAGAAGGAGCAAAGAGAGCAAAGAGAACCGGUUCCUGUGGGUCAUGUAAGAGAACCCACCCCCGUCCCCGGUGCGUCUUUACGCACGGCGCAGAGAUGGAGCCUCGGCUGUGCCUCCUCCUGCUCCUCCUGCUGCUCCUGCUGGGCUCCUCCUCCUCCUGGGACCUGGUUCUCCUGCACACCAACGACGUGCACGCCCGGGUGGAGGAGACCAGCGGGAGGUCCGGGAGAUGCGGCGGCGUGGCCCGCAGAGCGACGAUGAUCAACCGGACCCGCAGCAGCCAGAGCAACGUGCUGCUGCUGGACGCAGGAGACCAGUUCCAGGGAACCGUCUGGUUCAACUACUACAGAGGAGCAGAGGCGGCUCACUUCAUGAACUCACUGCAGUACGAUGCCAUGUGUUUUGGAAAUCACGAGUUUGACAACGGAGUGGAAGGACUCAUGAAGCCGUUCAUGGAGCAGAUCAAGUGUCCCGUUCUCAGCGCCAACAUCAGACCGGAUGAGACGCUGGCCUCCACCUUCGGCAGCUCCUUUCUACCGUAUAAGAUCCUCACUGUUGGCACUGAGAAGGUCGGCGUGGUGGGAUACACGUCGCGGGAAACCCCGGCUCUGUCCAAACCUGGGCCACACCUGCAGUUCGAGGACGAGGUGAGCGCCGUGCAGCUUCAGGUGGACAAACUGCAGACGCUGGGGGUGAAUAAGAUCAUCGCUCUGGGUCACUCGGGCUUCACCACGGACCGGGAGAUCGCCGCCAAGGUCCGUGGAGUCGACGUGGUGAUCGGUGGACACAGCAACACGUUCCUCUACACAGGAUCCCAUCCUUCCUCUGAAGUCCCUGCGGGUCCUUAUCCCUUCAUGGUGAAAUCAGCCGGCGGGCGCCAGGUGCCCGUCGUGCAGGCCUACGCCUUUGGAAAGUAUCUGGGUUAUCUGAAGGUGACCUUUGACGAUGCUGGGAACGUCCUGAAGUCCACAGGAAACCCCAUCCUGCUGGACAGCAGCGUCCCGCAGGAUCAAGAAGUUCUCGCCGACGUGGAGAAAUGGAAAAAGAAUCUGGCGGGGUACUCAGCCCAUGUGGUGGGAAGGACUCUGGUCUUCCUCAACGGAUCUGCCGAGGAGUGUCGAUUUCGGGAAUGCAACCUGGGAAACCUGAUCUGUGAUGCAAUGAUCGACAGCAACAUCAGGGUCUCAGACGGACUUGAGUGGAACCACGUCAGCGCCUGCAUCUUCAACGGAGGAGGCGUCCGCACCUCCAUCGACGAAGUCACCAGAAACGGUUCGAUCACCAUGGAGGACCUGAUCGCCGUCUUGCCUUUCGGAGGGACCUUUGACCUCGUGCAGCUGACUGGAGCCACGCUGUUUAAAGCCUUCGAACACUCAGUGAGACGAUACGGCCAGAGCACCGGAGAGUUCCUCCAAGUGUCCGGAUUUCACGUGGAGUUCGACCUCUCCAAACCCGCGGGCCAUCGGGUGAAGAGCCUCAGCGUCCUCUGCACCAAGUGUCGAGUUCCUCAGUACGAGCCCGUUGAGGAGGAGGAGGUUUAUAAGGUGGUGCUGCCGUCCUACAUGGUGACGGGCGGAGACGGAUUCGCCAUCAUCGCUGAGGAGAUGCUCAAACACGACAGCGGGAAUUUGGACAUUUCAGUCGUGUCGAACUACAUCACGCAGAAAGAGAAAGUUUAUCCGUCUGUUGAAGGACGCAUCAAGAUCUACAACUCAGCCUCCGGACAAACCGCUCCACUGGUUUUACUGGUUUCACUGGUUUCACUGGGGCUGCUGUGGACUGGAUGUUGGAACAUGUGAGGCGGACUUUACCCAGAAUAAGUUUGUUUUUUUUAAACAAACUGGAGGCGAAUAUGAAGAACUAACCGGACUGAUGGAUGUAAAUCUAACGAGACGGAACAAAAAUAUGAUUUGAUUUCCAUUUUUAAAUCCAGUUUUCCAGUUUUUUUAAAAGAAAAGGUGAAGCCCUACUCCCCGUGGGACAAGUUUGGACAAAAGAACAAAAACCACAGACAGUCACAGACACAGACACAGUCACUGAUGCUGUGCUCGCACCAAACGCCCGGCCUUCAUCCAACCUCACUGCAAAGACGCGAAUAGAAUGAGUCGUGUGUGUUUGCAUGUUCAUGAUGCUGCGUCGUUGGAGCCUCCGUCAUCACUGACCUCCUGAUGUUGUUGAAGCAGAAAUUGAGGAAAUAAAUAUUGUAUUUACCCAGAGUUCUCAGUACCUCAUAUCAGUACAUACUACUGUAUGUGCAUGAACCAUAUGGUACAAACGAUAACGACGCAGACGUAUUUACGUCUACAUGAUGUUAUUCUGAGUGUUGAUGGAGCAGCUACAAUGCUAGCGUAGCCUAGCAACAAUCGAACCAAACUCCAUUCAGAAAACAAGCAUUUUAAGAGUUGUUUGCUUGUCCUCAUGCGGAGAGAACUAACAAAACAUAAAUGUAGACUUUUUACAAAUAGACAUCAUUCCGUAGUUAUUUCAGCAUCCGUCUCAUCCGUUGAUUGCAUUUAAAUCACAGCAAAAUCUGUUUAUUUUGGGUUCAUACAGCAUUAGAUAACCAGCCAUGCGUUGAGCCCAGAGAGGACGGCGUUUAUUUUCCUGGAUUAUGUGGGACGACUACAACAUUAGUGUUUAUUUCAUGGUUGAUGAACCGUUGUAUACACAGAUGGAGACCACACUUCUCUCCAGCACAUCUAGCGCGAGUAACCCGACUUUAAAUUGGUGUGAACAGUGUUAGUUAGAUGAAAGAAAACGUAAUGUAUUGAGUUAAGUGUGAAAUCCUCACUUCUGUUCAGCAACAUGAAAUAAAAACACUUUAAACAAGAAGUUAAGGUCUCAGAUUUUAUUAUGGCUUUA